AGAGCGCUCGGAAUGUGUGCCGGUUUCUAGGUGGUGCCAAAUUCUGGGGCCUAGGCAUUUCCCUCGCUUUAUGUUUUUGGUUUUUUUUCUUCCUUCAAUCUCUUUGAUUAGGCCGUACGUGGCUGUGGCAAGGAGUUGGGGGAAAAAAUUAUAAAAACAGGAAAGAGAGAAAGCACAGCCAGACCCCCGGCUUCGCGAGCCGCCGGGGAGGAGGUGGAGGAGGCUGAGCCAGGCAGAGUCGCCAGCGGAGACUCGCGAGUGGCGCGCGGGAGGAGCGGCCGCUGGCGCUGGGCUUGCCUUGCUGCUGCUGCUGCCUCCCCACCGCCUUUUUUUUUUUUUUUUUUAAAUCUGGAGCGGGGUGGGGAGUGGGAACCGGAGAGAAAGCAAAAUAUUAAAAAGCCCCAAAGACAGCCAGCAGGAGCGCGGUGCCCGAUGGCUUCGCUGUACCAGAGGUUCACCGGCAAGAUCAACACCUCGAGGUCCUUCCCCGCGCCCCCGGAGGCGAGUCACCUCCUGGGCGGCCAGGGGCCCGAGGAGGACGGCGGCGCAGGAGCCAAGCCCCUCGGCCCGCGGGCGCAGGCGGCGGCGCCCCGGGAGCGCGGCGGCGGCGGCGCGGGUGGCCGGCCCCGGUUCCAGUACCAGGCGCGGAGCGAUGGUGACGAGGAGGACGUAUACCAAGCUUGGCUACGCAGGCAACACUGAGCCCCAGUUCAUUAUUCCUUCAUGUAUUGCCAUCAGAGAGUCAGCAAAGGUAGUUGACCAAGCCCAAAGGAGAGUGUUGAGGGGAGUUGAUGACCUUGACUUUUUCAUAGGAGAUGAAGCCAUCGAUAAACCUACGUAUGCUACAAAGUGGCCGAUACGACAUGGAAUCAUUGAAGACUGGGAUCUUAUGGAAAGGUUCAUGGAGCAAGUGGUUUUUAAAUAUCUUCGAGCUGAACCUGAGGACCAUUAUUUUUUAAUGAAAUGGGAUCUUGCUCUGUUGUCCAGGUUGGAGUUCUGUGGCACAAUCCUAGCUCACUGCAGCCUCGGACUCUGGACUCAGUUGAUCCUCCCGCCUCAACCUCCUGAGUAGCUCGGACCACAGUAGGCCAUCCAGGACAUGUGCAAGCCAGCGACACUACGGGCAGCUCUGGGAGCCAGUUUAUAUACCAACUCCUGAUGGUACGUCCAGCCUGCUGCCCAGGAAGGAAGCCAGUGCUGGCACCUGGAAGGCGCCUGGCGUGUAUGGGAGCACCAAGAGCAUGGGGAGAUGCACUGCAGCAGGCAGCACAGACCUACAGUCUGUUAUCACAGUCUCGCUCUCUGUAAUAAGCAGGUUAAUAAGGUAAUAAGGAGGUUACAUUGCUGUUUGAAUUUGCUUUCCUUGACUAAGCAUCUCUUCAUGCUCAAAAGUCUUUUAUAUGUCUUCUUCUGUGAAUUCUUUUGUGUCAUUUGCUCAUUUAUCUACUUGUAUGGUUUUUGCCUUGAAGAAAAUGUAAAUUUUAACUUAGUUAAAUGUAUAAAGUUUUAUCUUCAUA